AUCAGUCAGUCAGUCAGACCGCAGUCCAAAACACUCAAAGACAGAAUCACAAGUUCUUCAGAACGCCAGCCAUGGCGUCCGCCGCCCACCUCUUCUUCCUCGCCUCCGUCAUCCUCCAUCUCCACGCCGCCUCCGCCGCGACGCCAUCGUCCGAGCUCGCCGCGCUGCUGAAAUUCAAGGCGUCCCUCACGGUCCCUUCCACCUCCGCUUCCUUCUUCGCCUCCUGGGACCCCGCCGCGACAUCCCCCUGCAACUUCACCGGCGUCACCUGCUCCUCCGGCGCCGUCACCGCCAUCUCCGUCGCGGACCUCAACGUCUCCUCCUCCGCCGCCGUCCCCUUCGCGUCCCUCUGCGCCGCCCUCGGUUCCCUCACAACCCUCUCCCUCCCCUCCAACUCCCUCUCCGGCUCCAUCGCCGGCGUCACGGCCUGCGCCAAGCUCACCGAGCUCACCCUGGCCUUCAACGUCUUCUCCGGCGCCGUCCCGGACCUCUCGCCGCUCACAAGCCUCCGCGUCCUCAACCUCUCCCAGAACGCCUUCUCCGGCGCCUUCCCCUGGCGUUCCCUCUCGUCCAUGCCCGGCCUCGUCGUCCUCGCGGCCGGCGACAACCUCUUCCUCGACGAGACCCCAACCUUCCCGGAGCAGAUCACGAAGCUCGCCAGCCUCACCGCACUCUACCUCUCCGCCGCCAACAUCGCCGGCGAGAUCCCGCCCUCCAUCGGCAACCUCGUCAACCUCACCGACCUCGAGCUCGCCGACAACCACCUGACAGGCCCAAUCCCGGCGUCCAUGGCGAAGCUCGUGAACCUCAAGUCGCUCGAGCUCUACAACAACAACCUCACGGGACCCUUCCCGCCUGGGUUCGGGAAGAUGACCAAGCUCCAGUACCUCGACGCGUCGGCCAACAAGCUCACCGGGGGGCUGUCGGAGAUACGAACUCUCACGAAGCUCGUGUCGCUGCAGCUCUUCUUCAACGGCUUCUCCGAUGAAGUGCCCGCGGAGCUCGGCGAGGAGUUCAAGGACCUGGUCAACCUCUCGCUCUACAACAACAACCUCUCCGGCGAGCUGCCAAGGAACCUCGGGCGGUGGUCGGAGUUCGACUUCAUCGACGUCUCCACCAACCAGCUCUCGGGGCCCAUCCCGCCGGACAUGUGCCGCCGCGGCACCAUGAAGAAGCUGCUCAUGCUCGAGAACAGAUUCUCCGGGGAGAUUCCGUUGAGCUAUGGCGGGUGCAGGACGCUGACGAGGUUCAGGGUGAGCAGCAACGAGCUUUCCGGGGAAGUUCCGGCGGGGAUUUGGGCGCUGCCGGAGGUCGAGAUCGUCGAUCUCGCAGAGAACGAGUUCACCGGCGGGAUUGGGGAUCGGAUUGGGGAAGCGAGUUCGCUGACGAAUUUGAUCCUCGCUAAGAACAAGUUCUCCGGGGAGAUUCCGUGGAGCAUCGGCGACGCCAUGAAUCUGCAGAAGCUCGAUUUGUCCGGGAACGGAUUUUCAGGGGAGAUUCCGGGGAGCAUCGGGAAGAUGAAGAAUCUCGACAGCGUCAAUGUCGAGGGGAAUGAGAUUUCUGGGGCGAUUCCGGGGAGUAUUGGGGGCUGUUUCUCGCUGACGGCGGUGAAUUUCGCCGGGAAUAGAAUCGCGGGGGAGAUUCCGCCGGAGCUGGGGGAGAUGACGAGGCUGAAUUCGCUGGACUUGUCGAGGAAUGAGAUGACAGGGGAGAUACCGGCGAGCUUGGCGGAGCUCAAGCUGAGCUACCUGAACCUGUCGGAGAACCGGCUUCAAGGCCCCGUGCCCGCGGCGCUCGCCAUUGCCGCCUAUGGGGAGAGCUUCGUAGGGAACCCCGGCCUCUGCUCCGCCGGGAACGGCAACGGAUUCCUCCGCCGCUGCUCGCCGCGGGCUGGCGGGAGGCGGGAGGCGAGCGCCGCCGUGGUCCGGACGCUCAUCACGUGCCUCCUCGGCGGCAUGGCCGUGCUGCUCGCCGUGCUCGGGGUGGCGAUCUUCGUGAGGAAGCGGCGCGAAGCAGAGGCGGCGGCGGCCAUGGCGGCAUCGGCGUCGGGGACGAAGCUGUUCGGGAAGAAGGGGUCGUGGAGCGUGAAGUCCUUCUCGAGGAUGCGGCUGACGGCGUUCGACGAGCGCGAGAUCGUGGCCGGAGUCCGGGACGAGAACCUCAUCGGCCGCGGAGGCUCCGGGAACGUGUACCGCGUGAAGCUCGGCACCGGCGCCGUCGUCGCCGUGAAGCACAUCACGCGGACCACCAUGGCCGGCACCACGAGCGCCGCCGCCGCGCCCAUGCUCCGGCCAUCGCCGUCGGCGUCGGCGAGGAGGUGCCGGGAGUUCGAGGCGGAGGUGGGCACGCUGAGCUCGGUGCGGCAUGUCAACGUGGUGAAGCUGCUGUGCAGCGUGACGAGCUCGGAGGACGGUGGCAAUGGCGGCGACGGGGCGAGGCUGCUGGUGUACGAGCACCUCCCGAACGGCAGCCUGCAGGAGCGUCUCCCGGAGCUCCGGUGGCCGGAGCGGUACGAGGUCGCCGUGGGGGCCGCCAGGGGGCUGGAGUACCUCCACCACGGCAACGGCGACCGCCCGAUCCUCCACCGCGACGUCAAGUCCAGCAACAUCCUCCUCGACGCCGACUUCAAGCCCCGCAUCGCCGACUUCGGCCUCGCCAAGAUCCUCCACGACAGCGCCGCCGCCGCCACGGCACCGGAGGCGUACUCGUCCGGGUCCGGCGUGGUGGCGGGGACCGUGGGGUACAUGGCGCCGGAGUACGGGUACACGCGCAAGGUGACGGAGAAGAGCGACGUGUACAGCUUCGGCGUCGUGCUGCUGGAGCUCGUCACGGGGCAGGCGGCGAUCGUGGGCGGCUGCGAGGAGGACAUCGUGGAGUGGGUGUCGCGGCGGCUGCGGGAGAAGGCGGUCGUGGUGGACGGGAAGGCGGUGACGGAGGAUUGGGAGAAGGAGGAGGCGGCGAGGGUGCUGCGGGUGGCCGGGAUGUGCACGAGCCGGACGCCGGCGAUGAGGCCGUCGAUGCGCAACGUGGUGCAGAUGCUGGAGGACGCUGCCAUUGGCCGGGAGUACUACUACUCCGCCGGUAGCGCCACCUCCGACGAGAAGAUGACCGCCGCCGUGGAGGUCAAAGUCGUCCGCUGACGGUUGACCGUCCCUAGCUAGCUAGCUAUCCACCAUCCGAUCCAGGAACGAACGGCUGAGAUCUAGCCCAAGUGUAGAGAAUGCAGCAGUGAGAUCGCCGGGGCAGAAUAAUUACCCCAAGAGAAGCAGAAGAGUACAGUAAUUAGUACUAGCAUCUAUCAUUUGUGUGUAGUAACAAGUCUACUGUAAACACGGGCAGUAAACAGAGUAAGAAGAGCGAGGCAUUUUUUUGCUAAUGAUUGGCAGGUGGUCAAAUUAAGCGGUGAAAAAUUCUGGCCAGAGCCAAACAUUCUCUUGGAGUAUGUGCAAAGAAACCUGCAGGGAAAAUAAGAUAGUCCUAUAUUUAAGACUGUUGAGACGAGACAAGAUGCUCGCCACCAGAUUUCGGCCAAGAAUUCAGUUCAGAAUUGGUUUCGUGAGUUCGAAGUUGGUUGGGCGACAGCGACGGAAGGAAGGACGGCAGGUUCCGGGAAUCGGCGCAGAUAUGAUCAAGCGCCCACGUUUUCAGACAAGCUCUCUGACUUUCUUGCACGGUUGGAUGGAUAGAUACACUAGUGCUGAUGUGAUGCCGGUGCCUUGUGACCUGGCGAAUUUGUCUUCUACUGAAGUUCUUUUGCCACGUAAUGUGAUGCACUCAACUUUUGUUUAGAGGCGAACUGCACAGCUGUAUUGAUCCUAAGUUCAACAAAAAAACAGAUCAUGUUUU